UCUUCCUAAAUUUUAGUUCCAUGAUUAUUACUAUUAUUAUUAUUCGUUUUGGUUGGUUAUUACAAUAGGAAAAAAACAAGAAGCAGAGCAAGUAAAAGGGCGGCUACCCAGUAGCAGCAGCAGUAGUAAUCCUCAUACCCACCUCGAUUUUCGUAUUUAAACCAAAUCCACAUUCUUUUACUCCCUCCAUUCCUUUCUCCUCUUAAACGUAUAUAUAUACACACCACCACUCUCUACAACUCUUUCAUUUCAUUUCUCUCUCUCUCUUUCUUCUCUACAACACCAACCUUUCAAACCCUAACUUCGGAUGCGAACCUCAACCUCCUCCCAUGGCUACUACUGUUCGAAGAUUUCUCCCUCGUCACUUCUCCGUUGACAGAACUAGCCGGAUCUUUUCGUUAUCUGGACUUAAACAAGGAUUGGGAGGAAGUUGUAGGAGUUAUGGCGUGAUUGGUUCUUCAGAAAAUUUGUCAUUGAAAUUUGAAGAUAGAAGUAGUGAUAGUUCAUUUGAAGCCGAAGGUGUCGUUCUUGAUGACGAAGUACAGAAGAUUCGUUGUGUAUUUGAUGCUGCCAAGAAGAGUUUCCUCAGUACUUCGGAGGCUCUUGCGUCAUUGCCGAAGAUGCAUCCUGAAGCGUUUAAGUCAUUGCCACAGAUGAAUCCAGAAGGGAUUUAUGUAAAUAAGAAUUUGAGAUUGGACAACAUUCAAGUUUAUGGCUUUGACUAUGACUACACAUUGGCACAUUACUCUAAAAAUUUACAGAGCUUAAUCUACGAUCUUGCAAAGGAGCAUAUGGUUAAUGAGUUACGAUAUCCUGACAUUUGCAUGGAAUUCAAAUAUGAUCCAACUUUUCCCAUCAGAGGAUUGUACUAUGAUAAGCUAAAAGGAUGUCUUCUCAAGUUGGACUUCUUUGGGUCAAUCGAGCCAGAUGGAUGCUACUUUGGUCGUCAGAAGCUUAGCAGAAAGGAAAUAGUGGAAGUUUACGGAACUCGACAUAUCGGUCGUGACCAAGCACGAGGUCUUGUUGGCUUGAUGGACUUCUUUUGCUUUAGCGAGGCAUGCCUUAUUGCAGAUAUUGUGCAACAUUUUGUAAAUGCUAAGCUGGAAUUUGAUGCUAGCUACAUCUAUCAAGAUGUAAAUCGUGCAAUUCAGUAUGUUCACCAAAGUGGAUUGAUGCAUAGAAGAAUUCUUUCUGAUCCAUGUAGAUAUCUUGUAAAAAAUGAUCAGCUAUUACAUUUUCUGAAGAUGCUCAGGGAAAAGGGGAAAAAGCUUUUCUUGCUCACCAACUCUCCAUAUUUCUUUGUGAAUGGUGGAAUGCAGUUUCUGUUAGAGGAUUCUAUGGGUGACAAAGACUCGUGGAGAGAACUUUUUGAUGUCGUGAUAGCCCAAGCAAACAAGCCAGAUUUCUACACAUCUGAGCAUCCUUUCCGUUGUUAUGACCCAGAGAAGGACACAUUAGCUUUUACAAAGGUGGAUAGAUUUCUUCCUAAUAAAAUAUAUUACCAAGGAUGCCUUAAGUCCUUUCUUGAAAUCACCAAGUGGAAUGGCCCAGAGGUGAUUUACUUUGGAGAUCACCUAUUUAGCGACCUUAGAGGACCUUCAAAAGCUGGUUGGCGCACUGCUGCAAUCAUCCAUGAACUAGAGAGUGAAAUCCGUACACAAAAUGGAGAUGCUUAUCGUUUUGAACAGGCAAAAUUUCACAUAAUUCAAGAACUCCUCGGUAAAUUGCAUUCAACUGUUGCUAGUAAUCAUCAAAGCAAAGCUUAUAAAUUGCUGUUGGAGGAACUAAAUGUGGAGCGAGUGAAGGCCCGUCAAAUGAUGAAGAAAAUGUUCAAUAGGUCCUUUGGAGCCACCUUCCUCACAGACACAGGUCAAGAAUCCGCUUUUGCCUAUCAUAUUCAUCAGUAUGCAGAUGUUUAUACCAGUAAACCAGAAAAUUUUUCGCUCUAUCCUUCUGAUGCAUGGCUACAUGUACCCUACGACAUCAAGAUUAUGCCACACCAUCUUAAGGUCCCAUCGAGUUUGUUCAGAAAUUGUUGAAUAUAAUUCUUUUGAAGAAAGGGUUAGUACAAGUAGAGUCCUACAGCUUUCUAAAUUCUUUCUUGCCAAACGUAGCUAGUAAAUUUUGAGCCACACUUAGAGGUUUAGGCCUAUUAGUAUUACUUACCAUGCUCCCCCAGUUUGGCUGGCCAAAUAAUAAAAGCAUACAUCUUGAUUCUUGAAGUAGACAUGUAGAUUGCAUGUCGCUACACUCUUCAUUCUUUUAACUGUAUAUUGAAUUUUUUUCCAAAAAAAAAAAAAAGAAAUAUUACCUUAAA